AUGCGCUUCACCAUCGCCGCCGCUUUGGCCUUUGCCACCACUGCCUUUGCGCAGACCGCUGGCUUCGAUGCCAUGACUACUCCCGCCCAGAACGAGAACGUACCUGCCGGCGAGACCUACACAAUUGUGUGGCAGCAGGGCACAUACACCACUGGUACCGUGACCCUGUCUCUGCUUGGUGGUGAGACUGCAGCCACUCUUGUCGACCUCGGAAGCUUCGCCUCCGGCGUUGACAACGCUGCCGGUAGCUACACGUGGGCAGUUGACUCUUCCCUGGGUUCUGCCGCCACCUACGGUAUCAAGAUCACCUUGGACAGCGACAGCUCUGUCUUCCAGUACUCUUUCCCCUUCCACAUCACUGCUGGUAGCUCCUCCACAAGCUCUUCUGUUAGCGCCGCUGGCUACCCAACUGCUGCUGCCCCUAGCUCUUCCAGCUCCUCCAGUGCCGCCUCUACCUACGCUGCUUCUGCCCCCACCGUGACUGCCUCAGUCAGCAGCACUGUCGUUGCCAGCGUCUCUUCUUCCAGCUUCCCAUCUUUCACGCCUUCCGGCACCGCUGGCGUCAGUGGUAUUGCCACCGGCACCGGUAUCUCCACCGUGAGGUCUUCCUCAACCGGCUCUGCCAGCAGCACUGCUACUCCCGUCACCACCAACGGCGCUCCCCGUGCCGCUGUUGGUGUCACCGGAUUCUUGGGACUCGUCGCUGCCAUCUUCAUGUUUGCAAACAUCAUGGCUGCGGUUGCCAAUUAG